GUGCAUGUUUUAAAAGAGCACCGGUCGAGGUUGUUCAGAACGGAAGACGAUACAUUCCAACUGUGUGAAGACUGAACUGCAAGAGAAACGUUCGGAUGCAACAAUAUUUGUAAACAAAUGUUGGAAGAUUUUUCUGAAAUCUAAAACGAUUUUUUCUCCUAAUCGUUUGGCACGAAAACGUCCUUGGUACGUCCCCGAAGCGGAGGGAAGGAUUCUCUCUCGACUAUAAUCUGUAACAUCGGCGUUGAUUGACAGCAGAUUGUGGUAAUCGUUUGGUUUAUUAUUAUAUUUUUUUUUGCUCUUCAUCCUGCUUAGGUUUUCUGGUAGUUACUCUCCUUUCGACAGCAGCAUCAUGACAGAAUUACAGCUCAAUAAAGAACGUGUCAUCAAAAAUAACAAAAACACUUCUUCAUAUUAACGAGUUAAACGUCCCCGUUCCUUUUUCUCGACAGAGUAGCUCAUUCGGUGGUUUCGCUUUAUAAAAAGGUUUUCAUUACUUUGCCAAACGAUUUAUUUAUACCUUGUCUGCUCGUCUUUGAAGUGAAUGGGGAAGACCGGCGUAAAGAGCAGUCCCACGCGGCCUGACCAGCUGCUGGGGUCGGCCGAGGAAAACUCUUUGAAGUUGGAGCCCUCUCGGAACAGGGCUUUCACGCCUCCCGAUGGGGGUUGGGGCUGGGUGGUGUGUCUAGCCUCUUUCUGGACGAACGGGACCAUCUUCGGGGUCAUGAACUGUUUUGGAGUGCUUUAUGUCAAGUUGAAGGAUAAGUUCGCCGAAACUCACGAAGAAGCAGCCUUUGUCACAUCAUGGGUCGGCUCCGUGUCCAUAGGGAUGACAUUCCUCUUGUCACCAGUGGCCAGCAUUUUGACAGACAGAUUGGGCAUCCGGACGACGUGUUUCAUAGGAGGACUCAUGGCCACAAUCGGUAUGCUGCUAAGCUCUUUUGUGACCAGUCUGGAGCUUCUGUAUUUGACGUACGGCGUUCUACUAGGCUCGGGAGCAUCUCUCGCGUACACCCCUUCCCUGGUAGUGCUGGGCCACUACUUCCACAGGAGGCUGGGCUUCGUGAAUGGACUCGUCACUGCGGGCAGUUCAGUCUUCACCAUGAUCAUGCCUCUUCUCCUUUCUCACCUCCUAGACACAAUUGAAUUGUCCGCCACCCUACAGCUUUUAUCCUUGAUGAUGGCUUCUCUAAUGCUGUGCGCCGUCACCUUUCGUCCACUUAUUGUGCAACACCAAAGAAUCUCGGAACAAGCGGAACACUCGUCAGAAGAAAGUCUGCCCAAAGACAGCUGUCUGGAUCUCACCAUUUGGAGAAACCGGAAGUACCUUCUGUGGGUGUUCGCCAUUCCCACCGCCUUAUUCGGAUAUUUUGUGCCUUACGUACACUUGGUUCAACAUGUGAAAGACAUCCUUCCUAGUGCCAAUGGGGAAAUCCUCGUCACAUGCAUCGGCUUAACAUCGGGAGUCGGCAGGAUCAUUUUCGGAAAACUAGCAGAUUUUCCAUUCAUUAAUAGAAUCAUGUUACAACAGGUUGCAUUCUUAUCCAUUGGCAUUCUGACGAUGGUUCUGGUGGUCGCUCGCCACUUUGUCCUGCUGGUCAUCGUAUGCCUGUUCCUGGGAUUGUUCGAUGGAUGCUUCAUCUCACUGCUGGGCCCGAUUGCCUUCGAUGUCGUGGGACAGAAAGGUGCUUCCCAAGCCAUUGGAUUCCUUCUAGGAUUCUGUUCCAUUCCUCUCACUGUGGGACCACCUGUUGCAGGCCUUUUGUAUGAUCACAUGAAGAACUAUAAUGUAGCAUUUCUCCUUGCUGGUGUUCCGCCUAUCGUAGGUUCCUUGUUGCUGUGUCUCAUUCACAGAAUACGCCAAGCACCAGAAGAGUCAUUAGAUGAAGAAAAAGCCAAAGAUGAACAUAAAAAAUCAGUUCCUGAUCUCAUUCAAUCAAAUGGUAACAUGUUAGCUGAAAUAGACUUUCUGUUUACAGAUAUUGUGAUAAAAACCCAAGAAAAAAUGGCCCUGAAAAGUAGCACUACUGAUGAAAUCAAAGACAGAGAGCAUUCCGAUGAGACAACUCAUUUGAAUCCUGCUCCACAAAAUGCUAUUUGACUGGAAAAAUAGAUGACAAAUUAUUUUUCUCUUCAUCAUAGCCGUGGUAACAGAGAAGUCACAGAAGCUGUGGACAUCUGUUGCCCAAAAUUGUGUUCGUUUACUGUACCAUGACAACCGAAUUGUUAUUGUAUUUGUUUAACUUAAAUAUUGCUCGUCCAUCUGGCGUUCGGCUUCCUGUUGUUAAGGAAACGGAUGCAAUCUAUUAUCUUUUAAAGGCCAUUUAGCUAUAUAUAAUUGUCAAUUGUUUCCUUAUUAUUAUAUGUGGUGUUGAAAAUUCAACAGUUUGCUAUUAAAAAUUUAAAAUUAGCUACUGAUUCUUAAUUAUAGUAAAUUUUAAAUAAGGUUCGAUUUCGCUUAGCUUGUGGAUUUAUUUAUGAAAUAUAAAGGGUUCUUGAUAUUUCUGUAAUUUGAAACUCGUUUUAAGAAAAGAAAUUUAUUUAUCAAAUAGAUAUUUUAUACAAAUAUGAUGUUGUACUGUUUAAUAUGUACUUUUAUUUAUCCUUUUAAAUACUUGAAGAGUUCAGUUAAAAAAAGAAAAAAUAUGAACAAUAUAUUCGAAACUUUACCAUUCUUAUGUAAACCAUUCACAGACAAUAAUAAUGGAAGUACGUUGUACUACAAAAGCAAGAAUGUGCUCGUUUUCUUAAUAGUACAUGCUUAACUGAUAUGAUGACCAUAUUAACUAUUGCUAAAUUUAUUAAGUUUCAGAUAAUUGUUAGACUGCCAUGUUAAUAGCAAUAAAAUAAAGUUCUCUAUUUUAAAAAGGUAUAAAUAUAAUUUUUACUCUUUUGAAAAAUUUUUAAUUUGUGUGUUAAUAUUUUCAAUACUGCCAGUUUUUCCAAGCAAAAAUUCUUUUGUUUAAACUCACUUUUUGAAGGAUUGUAAAAUUGUUUACAGAAAUUAUGAUUAUGAUUAUGCAUUUACAAUGUAGCAUUAUAACAUUUCUAGAAUGUUUAGUAUUAUUUCUGGUAAUUCAGAGAUUUCUAGUUAAAGCAGGAUGAAAUGUCAUUUACUAAAAUUCUCUGACAUAUGAAAGGCUAUAUUUAUAUUUAAAAAAGGAACAACUGCUAUGAAAGAUUGAUAGUUUUGCAUUGCAAAGAUGCAACUGGACAAAGCAAUUAUAUAUUUGUAAUUCAUAUUUUUAAUUAAAUAUGACUAUUUUUUCACACAGUAUGUAAAUAUAAUAUUUAUUUUCUUGUCAGUGCUCUUACUUUUGUUUAAUUAUAUUUUUAAUAUUUUAUCUUUUUAAAAAUUUAGUUUUCCAAACAUGAAUCAGCCCACACUAAAACUUAAAGCAUAUACUACCACACUGAAAUGAAUUCUGCAAUACAAAAAAAAAAGUAGGUCAAAUUUCAAUCAAGUAAUACAGAAAAACUUCACUCUGUAGUUAAAUAAAUUACAUGAAUUCUAUAGUUGGAAACAAAUUUGUCAUUGUCUGUUUAAUGAUGCCAUGAUUGAAAUAUAGAAAAUUAAAAGAAUUAGUUCUUUUAGCUAAAACAUUCUUGCCAUUAUAGUCCGAUCUACAAUAAUAACUGAUGCGCACAUGAUGAGACAGACAAGGUCCAAAUGAUAUAAAAUAAUUAUUUAAAAGAAGCGAAACAUUUAUAACCAUAAUUAUUUAGAAGAACAGAUAAAAGAAAAUUUAUCAUAGCAAUCCAUUAAUUUUAAAAAAUAGAUUCAGAUAUGUACAACUCAUUUAAAAAAUCAUCUUGUGUUUCUCCUUUUCAAACAUGCAAGCAAUAUUAUUUAUGAGUCGAUAAAUUACAUAUUAUUGAUUUCUUCUUUAAUUAUUCAUCUAAAGCAAUUUCUUUAUUUGUGCAAACUUCUAAUGGAAAACUUAUAUUUGGUUAUCUUCGUAGAAAUAAAAUCAAAAUUUGUAUCAUUAAAAUAUUUAUUUCACAUAUAAUAUUUCUUUGUGAAAGGUUAAAAUAAAUUUAUUUUAACCUAAUUAGAUAAUCUAUGCAAUUGUAUAUAUUGCAAAAUACAUUUUUUUCUUUCAAAAUUAUGUCAAUGAGUGACUGAUGCAGAUAAUCAUUGAAGAUUUGAUCACUGAAUUUCAGCAGGUGUAGCACAGAAAACCCAAUAUAUUUUGUAAGUAAACUGUAUGGAUGCAAACUUUGAUCUAUUAAAAAUGUUUUUAUAUUUAUUUCAAUAAAUAUGCUAUUUUUAUGUU